CCAGAGGGUUAUACUUCUACUUCACCCCAAAUUAAAUAGUUUCUAAAAUAAGACUGAUAUAGUAGUUAGUUAAUUAAUAUAUGUAUAUAUUCAUCUUUAUAUAAAAAUAAAUCAGAACAAAUCGGUUAGUCGAAAAAUUUGUGUUGUAUUUUUCAUAUUUAAAGAGAACAAACGUUUCAUUGGCGCCCAACGUGUGUUGCUCGACGAGCUGGCACCUAUUUUUUACACCUGAGAAUAAAUUGUACUUAAGAAAAAGUAAAAUAACAAUAUGGCAAUUACAUUAGAAGCAAUAAGAGAAAUGUUUAAGGAAGUAAUUAGUGAUUUGGACAAAAAAUAUGAAAAAAGAGUUGAAGUUAUCGAACAACAGAAUAUUGAAUUAAAUGAUAAAAUAACUGAUUGUGAAGAGAGAGUAAGAGAAGAAGUCAAUACGUUAGGUAGUCAUGUAGUUAGAUUAGAACAGGCAUAUAUUGACACUUUAAAUAGAAUAAAUACGGUUUAUAAUCCAGAAAAAACAAAUAGUCUCGUAGAAAUUAAUUUGCCAAAAUUUUUUGGAAAUUCUCGUGAUACACAUCCUUUGGCAUAUCUCAAACGUUUAGAAAAGUAUUUUGAGAGAAAAAAUAUUAAGCCGGAGGAUAAAUUACUUUUAGUUGAAGAUAGUUUAAAAGGGAACGCUGGUAAUUGGUUUUCUAUGAUUAAUUAUUUGUGUAAUGACUAUGACAAUUUUAAACAGUUAUUUAUUGAUGAAUACUGGUCGCGUGGUAUACAGUUAAGUUUAUGGAGCCAGUUCUCUAGUAGUGAAAGGGUAAAAAAUAUACCAUCUUAUAGAGAGUAUUUUGCACAGUGGAUGCAAAAAGUUAAAUAUUUUGAUUCACCAAAAUUAACAGAGGCAGAAGCAAUUGUUAUAAUAGCGCGUCAUUUCCCUGGCUAUAUACAGGCUAUGUUAGUGAGUAUGCCGUCAAAAACUUUUCUAGAAGCUACUACGCUGUUAGGUGGGGAGGACGCGAAUAGGAAAAGUGUAUAUCAAGUUAGUCAAAACAGACAAGCGGAGGAUCAGGGAAAAGUGGAGGAGGAACGAACGAAUGAACGCCGUAAUCCCUUUUAUCGCAAUAAUAAUAUACAAAAA